UAAUUCCUGGGAAGCGCAUCUUUUGUGUUUUCUAGCUGCUUCCCCUUUGUUGCUGGUGCUCGUGCUCCCCUUUGUUCUUGCAGCUCCCGCACACUACUCUUCUUCUGCACCGUUUUUCCUCAAAUCAGUGAUGAAUUCGGCGAGUACUUUGUCGCCGACUCCGACUAUGCGUUUCAAGUUCGGAGCAUACCUUUGAAACGAGGGAGAGAUAUUCCAAUUUCUUCAGUCCGUCGCCUUUGCUUUCCUCAACUGCCGCCAUUGUUGCUGCUGCUUCAAGAAUCGAUUUCCAUCGAGGGUCUCGCACUUUGUUGGUGGGAUUUCGAAAGUGAAAAUUGAAAAUCCGUGUCAAUUUUUAAGGAAGUGAUAUCGGUGCUGAUAAAACACAUUCUUCAAUCUCUCCCUAAAUAUUAUUCAGAAUAUCAACUUGUAUGAGGAGCUUGCUGCUUCUAGAGGAUGUGAGCAAUAACUACUGGAGAAGCUCUUAAAGGAGAUCAAGGAAUCCUGAUUAGGAGCUACUAAAGUAGCAAAUACAAUAAUGCAACGAGCUCGGGGUUUGGAUUGUUCGAUUUUGGAAUUUGUUAAGGGUUUUGGAUUUGAUUUUGGAAUUUGUUGAUGAUUUUGGAACCAAAUACCUUAGAGACCAUCACAUUGGGGGUACCAGUCUUGCCAAAUUAAAUGAGCUGAAUUGCUUUAUAGUUGUUCCUUCUCCUUCUGGCUCAAGCCUUGCGAUCGCAAAAGAAGGUGAACUCACAAUAGGCACCAUUGAUGAUAUUCAGAAGCUUCAUAUUCGAUCUAUUCCUCUGGGAGAACAUGCUCGGCGUAUCUGCCACCAGGAACAAGCAAUUGCUGUUUGUUUUGAAUAGGCUUACGACACGGUCUCUGGAUGAUACAGAACUCAACCAAGUGAAGGCUGAAAGCAACCAUGAUAUGAAGAAAUCAUUAACUUGGUGGGAUCUUACUUGGUUCGGUAUUGGUGCUGUCAUUGGUGCUGGUAUCUUUGUACUUACUGGUCAAGAGGCUAAUCAAGAUGCUGGUCCUGCUGUUAUUUUAUAUUUUGCUGUUUCCGGUGUCUCUGCUAUGCUCUCUGUUUUAUGUUACACCGAGUUUGCUGUUGAGAUCCCUGUUGCAGGUUUUCAAAACUCCAAGGGAGGGGCCCUUUACCAAAAAGGAGUUGGAUGAAGUUCGAGACAAGUGGGCUAUUUACUUCAACGAUUGUGAACUACCUUCAGUGUAAUAAAUAGAGCAGACUUGUAGUUAUUCGUGACUCUUACAUUAUUUUGUUAUUUAUCGAUUUAAUUAAUUACAUUUGAAUUAUUUCGUUAAUAUUAUUGGAAAUUUGAAAUUUAUAUCAUUUUUGAGAA